GUACAAACUCAAAACAAACAAGUAUGACCGCUGCUGUCUCCUGGAGUAACGGUUUGCUUUGAAACUCUUGUUAUUUGCCAAUUGACAACUAGUAAAUAAGUGUGGGCUUGUAAUGUAGUCACGAUGAAAAAUGUACAGUGACAAAUGAUUCCAUACUCGUUCGACAACGUUAUUGGAGCUAACUGAAGCCAUGAUGUUGCAAUUGUAUUAAUGUCUAACAUGACGUCAUGGGGACAUUUUGGUAGAACCAUUAUUCCCUUACAGUUGUUCAUUGUUCUUAAUGAUCUGCAGGUCUUUCACAGUGUUUGGAAUGUAUUUCAGGAGCUUGUGGGUGCCAGUUGCAAUUAAUGCUAUAGAAUGGGAAUGAGCGGACAGCCUCCAUAACCGUCAUUGUUAGAACAGAGCAACACACCAAUGAAUAUGAAACAUGGGUUCCCCUUUUUUACUGAUUGCAGGACUGCUGAUGGAGUGUCUGCAGAGAUGAUGAGUUGAAGUAUCUGUCAACAACAGCCAUGUCUGUUCAGUGCAUUCUGCGCUGCACCGCCAGGCUGGAAAGAAAACAUGUGGCGACACAUCUCUUCCAGUUGAGAGCUCUGUCAGGGGCAGAUGCUGUCAACGCCCUCCGACCCUUUUACUUUGCUGUCCAUCCUGACUUUUUUGGUCAGCAUCCCAUCGAACGGGAAGUGAAUGAAAAUUCCUUAAAGAGAUUAAACGGUUAUUUGGAAAACCUACAGAAGCCUGGCUCUUGUUCCGUUCAACCCAUGAAGCUCACUUUUUAUGUAAGAGACACAAAGGACAGCAGCGAUGUGCAGCAAGAUCUUCCCACCUCUGGCUUCCGUUCAGUCACCUUUGUCCUGCAUACAAAUGAUGUUCUAAGCACGGUGACAAAUGUGUUGAAGUCCUGCAGUCUGCCCGUGGAGCACAUGAAAGCACUGGAAUCACUUUCUCACGCUUCCAAAAGUCCAUCCGGAGGGACCAUUCCGUUUUACAGACCCAUUAAGUGGGAUAAGAGCUACUACACCUUCACUGGCUUCAGAGACCCGGAGCAGGAGCGACACCAGGCCACCAGAGUUGAACCCACUCUCAGCUCUUGGCUUCAAAACAACGAGUCCGAGGCGACAAAGAAGCACAACGAUAGUCUUCCUCGGCGAGAAGAACUGAAACGGUUGAAGAAGGAACUGUGCCGCAAAUUUGACCUGGCUGACAUCAGGUGGCAGCGCAGCUGGGGCGUCACCCACAGGUGCUCUCAGCUUCAGAGCCUGAGUCGAUUGUCUGUGCAGAACCUGGAAGCCAUGACCAACCUACAAGGUCACACCGUCAUAUUUGCUGACCAAUCGGGGAUGAACGCCUCCGGACACGUUAUGUUGGGAACAAUGGAUGUUCAUCAUCAGUGGACCAAACUCUUUGAGCAUCUUCCCAGCUACUGCCUCCUGCAGCAGCAGACCGAGUGGCUGAAGGAGAGGAUCAGCCUCCUCCUCGGUGGGACUCGGGUUGUUCACAUAGAGAGGCUGGGACCAGUCCAACCCGUCAUCGAACUCUACCGCACCCUCAACACCUUCCACAGCCGUCUCAUUUCCCGGCGGCUUAGUCUACACCCCAGAAGUCUGGAGGGACUCACCAUGAUCCUGGAGAAGGAGUGGUCUAGUCCCAGUCUUCAUGAGAUGGGGCACUUCAUCAUACCUGCCAACUGUGACCUUCCCAACCUACAGGCCUUCCUCCAGAACCAUGCCUCCAAGGCCAGACAACAAACUCGGUGUACAAAUCUGGUGCAGGUUGCUGGCCGAGGAAGACGCUGUAAUGAAGCUGUGUCUCCAGAGUCUUUCUCUCCGGACUCUGUCCAAGGAGCCUAGCGUCACCUCCAGUCAGAUGAUUCUAUGCUGUAAAAGGCUGUUGGACCGGCGCUCGCCCCUCAUGCAGGGCCUACAUGUCCGUGUUUCCCAUUUCUAUUCCGUGAUGCAAGAUGGAGACCUCUGUAUCCCCUGGGACUGGAAAGGUUGAGUCCGUCCGUCCACGAGGUUACACCAUUUGUGAAAAUCAUGUUGGUUUUCAAGAAACGUUUCACGGUAUGACCAUGUGUGAAACACAAGCACUUUAUUCUUGAAGUCAAGAAGGAGCCAUGUCAGUGUUGAAAGCAAACAAAGAUGGCCAGUAAAAUAAUAAUGAUUGUGUUCAGGUUGCUGACUCGCUGCUAAAUGACAUGCCACGGGGCCAAAGAAAGUUGCAGUUUGAUUAGGAAAGUGAGAAACGGUAUUGAAUUGAACAAAGUACGAAGGUGGCAUCCCCUCCCCUUGCCGCUCUCUUCUCCUCGCCGUCUUUGCCAUCAAGAGUCUUCACUGAAGGUAAAAGUCAUGUUACAGGUUUUUAAGAUUUUUGGUAGUUUUAUGGGGAAAUUGCUUUAUUUUUUGUGUGUUUUGGUAGAACCUUUUGGAACAGAUUUGUCACUCCCUGUGUGGGUUCCCAGGUGACAGUUUGUGUAUCUUCACUGUCUGGGCUUUGGUUUCCGUUUUGGACACUCUUAUUUUGUAUUGAACUUCCUGUGUUCCCGUGUCUGCCUUGGUUGUCCUUAUUUCCCACACCUGUCCCUAAUUUGUCCUGUCUAUUUAUAGUUCAGGUGUGUGCUUCUCUCCGUGUGGGAUCAUUAUCGUUUGUCCGUUGCUUUAUUAAUCUUACCGCUAUUAUUGCACGCAAUAAACAUUUUUAACUGCAUUUGGUCCUGCUCUCUGCAUCCUGGGGUCGCACCGCAAAGCAAUCGAGACCGAUCUUGACAGAAUGAUCCCACGCGAGGAGAAGCACACACCUGAACUAAAUAGAAAAAAGAAAUUAGGAAGACCAACCAAGGAAGACACGGGAAAACAGGAAGUCCAAUACAAAAUAAGAGUGUCCAAAACGGAAACCAAAGCCCAAACAGGGAACAUAGACUAAACCAGGGGUGCUCACACUUUUUCAGCAUGCGAGCUACUUUUAAAAUGACCGAGUCAAAAUGAUCUACCCACUACAAAAAUGCAAAACAUCUAUUUAUUUUCAAAUGUAUUGAGGAUUAUUUGUACGUACAAUGUAUGUUGAUGUACCUUACAUAACCAAAUGAGCCAAUAUUGCAAAACACACAUAAUUAACUAUUAACAUUUUUUGUAAUUACCUGAGUUUACUUUGAUGACUUGCACUGAAUUGAACCAGCCAGGGAUGCAUAGUCCGGACAGUAGCUGCUGAUAGCCAGCCUCAAGCACACUUCCAAAUGUUUAUCAGUCAUGGAUAAUAUCCGUAUCAUAAUAUCCGUAUAAUAUUCCAUAUCCGUAUGGAAGUGAUAUGUUUUUUGCCUUUUUACUUGGUCCAGUUUUUGCCUUUUUACUUGGUCCAGCUCCUUCACUCAUUUUAGUGACCAUAAACUUUAGCGAGGGCUUAAAAUCUCGCAAUUCGCCGACUAGCUUAGCACUUUGCAUCGUUGUUUACGCAUGAGCGGUGACCUAAAGGUCAAAAUUCAGUUGUCAUCUGACUGGUUGUCCUGUAUGUCAAUCAAGUAACGGGGAUGGAUGAUAGGCUGACAUUGUAAGUUCUGCUGCACUUAGAGACGUUGUUUGAUUUGAUUGGUCGCCCGAAGGGCAACAUUCAGUUGUCAUCUGAAUGGCUGCCCUGUAUAUCAAUCAAGUGACGGCAUUGAUGCUGGGAUGAUAUUUUUUUAAUGUCACGCCGCGAUCGACCAGCGAUCGACCGGUAGAUCGCGAUCGACUUAAUGAGCACCCCUGGACUAAACUGUCACCUGGGAACCCACACAGGGUUAACCCACAUAAGAUUAACAGAGCAGGGCUCUACAUUAAAAACAAAAAUGACUUGCCCAUGGGGAAUCCUUAAGGUGAGAACUACUUGCCCGAAUAUGCUGAUAAUUCAUCAGAUAAUAGUACUGAUGCAUUGUAUAUGGAGGAAUGUCUGAAACGUAUGUUAACAUGGCAUGCCAUACUACCUUACACAUGGUAGUCGUAGUAAGCAGUGAUAUUUAUAAGUUGUGCACCACAAUGAAACAUUAUUGAAUAUACCAGGGGUGGGCAAACUUUUUCCGGGGGGGGCAGACUAUAUAUUUUACACGUAACAGUCCACCUGGUAUUAUUGUAUCUGUAAAAUUGUCAUGCAAUCUGCUAUUAUUAUUUAUUAUUUUAUAUUUAUAUUUAAAUAUUUUAAAAAUAAUAAAAUAUUAUAAUAAUUAAAAUAAAAUUAAAAUAAUAAUUAUAUUAUUAUUAUUAUUAUUAUGUAAAAUAUGCAAAUAUAACAAUACUAUUAUAUAUAAUUAGCAUAAUAAUUAGACUAUAUAUUUUACACGUAACAGUCCACCUGGUAGUAUUGUAUCUGUAAAAUUGUCAUGCAAUCUGCUAUUAUUAUUUAUUAUUUUAUAUUUAUAUUAAAAUAUUUUAAAAAUAAUAAAAUAUUAUAAUAAUUAAAAUAAAAUUAAAAUAAUAAUUAUUAUAUUAUUAUUAUGUAAAAUAUGCAAAUAUAACAAUAUUAGUAUAUAUAAAAUUAAUAUAAUAAUUAGCAUUAAUAUAAUAAAUAUAAUAAUCAUAAUAGUUAUAAUAAUAAUAAUAUAAUAAUUAUUAUUUUAAUUUUUAUUAUUAUUAUGUGCUUGUGUCUCUUUUCAGGAGCACUUUGUAAACAACAGACCAUGUCAAACAACGAAAUUGAUACAACCAUCAAAAGGUUGGCUCAGGCCAUGAUGCCAGGUUGUAUGUUGAGUUUAAAUGAAAUACUUUGGAAAGAUUGGGCGGGCCGUAUUCAAACACUUGGCGGGCCGCAUGUGGCCCCCGGGCCGUAGUUUGCCCACCCCUGGAAUAGACACAUUUGUGCACUAGUAAAGUGUUUUGAAUCCAGAAAAAAAAUGCUCAAUUUGUCAAACAAUAAUUUGUGAAGCAAAGGUGAGAAAAAUCCAGCGAGAAAUGGAAGCGCUAGAUUUUGUAGCUUGUGCAAAAUCAGCACUUGGUAUUGGAUCUAAUGGGUGGUGUUUCAUUGUGACCACUUCAAAUUGUCACAGCAAUGUGAUUCACUCACCUGUGCCAUCAUUUGAUUUGCUGCCGCUAAUAAAAUACUUGUUUAGGAGGCACUGCUUCAUCACUUUUUGCUCUUUUCCUUCACAAGUUGUUGAAGAAUUAGACCAUGUUGGCAGGGACGCCAUGAUAGAUGUUUUCCUAGUCAAACCAUCGCUCAUUGGUUGAUCGCCAACAAGAACGGGUGUGGGUAAAACGCGAUUCUGAUUGGUCCAUUUCAAGAUUUGCAAGGAUUGGUUUGCAAAUUACCACCGGAAUUACGCAGUCCGUGUUUUACCAACACCCAACAAGAACCGCUUUUAAAAAAACUCUUGGCAGUAUAGCAUGCCAAAGUGCAUUUGCCCGACGGGAAUAUCACUGAUUGGAUUUACUUGCCCCAAUUGUGUUUUAACUUGCCCCGGGCCAUCGGUACAUCGUUAUUGUCGAGCCCUGCAGAAGUACCACUGUAUAUUAUAUAUUCCAGUUUGGCACACAACUGGUCGUGCAUUGAAAAACACGUUUAUUACACACAGUACUACAGUAAUCCCUCAUUUAUGGCGGUUAAUUGAUUCCAGACACCACCAUGAUAAGUGAAAUUUGUAUUUUUGGAGUUAGAGCAAACAUGUUUAUAACUUUCUAAAAACGUGUUUUAACAUUAUUAGAGCCAUGUAGGCGUCUAGGCGCAGCCAAGUUGUUGAAGGAGUCCGGUUCGGGGGCCUUAGGAUCUCAUCUCUGCUAUUUACAGAUGAUGUGGUUCUUAUGGCUUCUUCAGGCUGUGACCUUCAGCGUUUACUGGGACGGUUUGCAUCUGAGUGUGAAGCGUCUGGGAUGAGACUCGGUACCUCCAAAUCAGAGGCCAUGGUUCUCGGUCGGAAAAGGGUGGAGUGCUCCCUCCGGGUUGGGAAUGAGGUCCUGCCCCAGAUGGAGGAGUUUAAGUAUCUCGGGGUCUUGUUUACGAAAGUGGGAGCAUGAGGUCCACAGACGGAUCGGUGCAGCCUCGGCAGUAAUGCGGUCGCUGUACCGGACCGUCGUGAUGAAAAGAGAGCUGAACCGGAAGCCAAAGAUCUCAACUUACCGGUGGAUCUAUGUUCCCACCCUCACCUAUGGUCAUGAGCUUUGGGUCAUGACCGAAAGAACAAGAUGGCGGAUACAGGCGGCUGAAAUGAGUUUCCUCCGUAGGGUAGCUGGACUCACCCUAAGAGAUGAGGUGAGGAGCUCAGUCAUCCGGGAGGGGCUCCGAGUAGAGCCACUUCUCCUUCACAUCAAGAGGAGUCAGUUGAGGUGGCUCAGGCAUCUAGUCCGGAUGCCUCCCGGACGCCUCCCUGGUGAGGUGUACCAGCCGGGGGCAGACCUAGGACACGCUGUAGGGAUUAUGUCUCACAGCUGGCCUGGGAACGCCUUGAUGUCCUCCCGGUGGAGCUGGAGGAGGUGGCCGGGGAUCGGGACGUCUGCGCUUCCCUACUAAGACUGCGACCCGGACCCGGAUAAGCGGAGCAAAAUGGAUGGAUGGAUGGAGAGCCAUGUAGGCAUGUAAUAACACUCCUAUUACCCAACAUACAUUCGUUCAUUUUCUACCGCUUAUCCUCACGAGGGUCGCUGGAGCCUAUACCAGCUGUCUUUGGGUGAGAGGCAGGGUACACCCUGGACUGGUGGCCAGCCAAUCACAGGGCACAUAUAGACAAACAACCAUUCACACUCAUAUUCAUACCUAUGGACAAUUUGGAGUGGCUAAUUAACCUAGCAUGUUUUUGGAAUGUGGGAGGAAACCGGAGUACCCGGAGAAAACCCACGCAUGAACUCCACACAGAGAUGGCCGAGGGUGGGAUUGAACUCGGUUCUCCUGGCUGUUAGGUCUGCGCGCUAACCACUCCACCGCCGUGCAGCCCUAUUACCGAACAUUCAUUCAUUCAUUUUCUACCGCUUUUCCUCACGAGGGUCGUGGGGGGUUCUGGAGCCUAUCCCAGCUGUCUUCGGGCGUAAGGCGGGGUACACCCUGGACUGGUGGCCAGCCAAUCACAGGGCACAUAUAGACAAACAACCAUUCACACUCACAUUCAUACCUAUGGACAAUUUGGAGUGGCCAAUUAACCUAGCAUGUUUUUGGAAUGUGGGAGGAAACCGGAGUACCCGGAGAAAACCCACGCAUGCACGGGGAGAACAUGCAAACUCCACACAGAGAUGCCCGAGGGUGGGAUUGAACUGCUGAUUGAUAGCUGCUGAUAGCCAGGCUCACGCACACUUCCAAAUGUUUAUCAGUCAUGGAUAAUAUCCGUAUCAUAAUAUCCGUAUAAUAUUCCAUAUCCGUAUGGAAGUGAUAUGUUUUUUGCCUUUUUACUUGGUCCAGCUCCUUCACUCAUUUUAGUGACCAUAAACUUUAGCGAGGGCUUAAAAUCUCGCAAUUCGCCGACUAGCUUAGCACUUUGCAUCGUUGUUUACGCAUGAGCGGUGACCUAAAGGUCAAAAUUCAGUUGUCAUCUGAUUGGUUGUCCUGUAUGUCAAUCAAGUAACGGGGAUGGAUGAUAGGCUGACAUCGUAAGUUCUGCUGCACUUAGAGACGUCGUUUGAUUUGAUUGGUCGCCCGAAGGGCAACAUUCAGUUGUCAUCUGAAUGGCUGCCCUGUAUAUCAAUCAAGUGACGGCAUUGAUGCUGGGAUGAUAUUUUUUUAAUGUCACGCCGCGAUCGACCAGCGAUCGACCAGUACCACCUCCGCGAUCGACCGGUAGAUCGCGAUCGACUUAAUGAGCACCCCUGCCUUAUACAGAUGUGAUCACAAUCUUAAGACCAGGUGAAAAAAAAAGGUAGAAUUGACAUUUUGCACAUUUGAAUUCUAAUACGGUUUUAAGUAGAGCUACAAAGUACAAAAAGCUCUUUGAAAAAGUCAUUUAUUGAAAACAACUAUUAAAGUGAAAUAGGCCUUAUUAUCAGCUGAUCAAACAAUAAAUCUGUUUAUUAUCAACUCCUAUGGAGUUGGGUUCACAGCUAGUGGAACAAACUGGAAAUCCUAAGCACUCGGGAGUGUGACAAACCACAGCGGAGUGGGUGUGGCUGGAGGCUGGAGGCGGGCCGUAGGUGGAAUACAUUAAUACAGACCGUUACAGCUGGAAUAGGUGCAGAUUCUGGAAGAUCGAGAAAGCUUUCUGCGCGGGUUAUUUUGUGUAGCUGCUCUACAGGAGUCCACAACUCAAUACAAAAGGCCCAAAAUGAGCAUAAUAGGACCCAAGUAUUGCAUAAAUACAUACAAGGUACCGAAAGUUUUGAUGACUUUGGACUUGACUCCACAAUAUCAUCAAAUACUUGAAAUUCGACUCUGAUGACUAUGUAAAUACUCGAAAUUAUGUGUGAAAGUGUGUGUAGUAUAAUGUGUCCCCAAACCUCUGCCAGAUUGUGGUAAGACUUACUAACAUCUUUCUGACAAGAAACAUUCACUUUUAAUAAAAGUCGUUUUCUUGAAAGGUAGUGUUACUCAAGUACGGCUGUUGUGUACUUCAUCACUACUGACUUUGAAUCAUUUAUUACUGCCACUCAGGAGGUUUGUUAUGUUUUUGCCAGUGUUUGUUUGUUUGUUUUUGUUCAAAAUAACUUCAAAAGUUCUGAAUGGAUUUGAGUGAAAUUUUCAGAUUGCUUUUAUAGUUAUUAUCCCAUAUUUCCACACAAUAAGUAAGAUAUGGUAGAACCAGAGAAAACAACUUUAAUUGUUGUUUUCAAUAAAUUACUUUUUCAACGUGUUUUUUGUCUCGGUCCACCUUCUUGCUU